AUGAGGACCUUAGGGGACCCCCACGAUGGUAUUUCAUCUCUCUCAGGUGAAAGGAGUGGGGAAGGCGGCGAAUUAAACCGCGAGGAUGUUACUCGAACUCCCGCCCUUCCUUCAUCAAAACGGAAAGAAGGCAGGAACACGAACAAGAGUGUCAACUGCAAAAAGCGAACGAUUUUGUCCUCUAGCAUUUCUGUUUCAACAUCGACUUCUACCACGGGACGACGGAGGGGAGCCUCAUUGUCGGGCCGUCCCAGUGGUGGGUCAUCAGGUCAUCCACUUUUGGCAUCUGUCUCUUCCUCUUCGUUGCAUGCUAAGGAGAAAGGAAGACAGUCAGGAAACCCGGCUCGAGUGCAGAAGCACAGCCUCUCUUCUUCUCACUCGCCUUCCCUCCCCGUUCAGUCCGCAUCCUUGCGCCACACCUCCAGUGGCUCUUCAGAGUCUCCACGCGCCGUUUGUUCUCCUGUCUCCACCAAAACAAAGGAGGCGUCCUGUCUCCGUUCGUCGGCUUCAUGUCCUGUCCUCCCUUUCCCCUUUCUCUUCUCUUCGCCCCUCCGUUCUCCUCUCUAUGCUCCUCCCGCAGCUGCUCACCUGCGCCCCCCACCGGGUGCAGUGGAGUCACUUUCGAAUCCGGGAGGCCCCGCUAUUCGUCCGUACCCUUCAACGAGUUGCUCCCCUCGUUUGGCAGAGAGAGGCCCCUCGUUGUUUUCCCCAUCUUGCCAGAAGAUCUGUACGCCUCAUCGCUGGAGUCUAGACACUCUAGACGUUAGCCAAAGACCGGGCGUGGUUGUUUUGCCGCCUCGCAGUUCUCUUCGACUUGAGAGAGCAGCGAGCACAUCUUUCACUAUCCCCGAACCGCCGCUUUAUCGUCCAGGCUCGUCCAUGUAUAGGUUAGGUUUCACAAAAACUAAAUUCGCUUUCCUACCUCGAUACGGGUUCCCCAGCUUCCGGAGUCUCCCUCGUCUCCUCACUGUGCCUGCCCCGGCUUCUUCGGUGCUUUCCUCUGAUUCGCCUGUCCUGCCCGUGAGUUCGCAUCGCUCCUCCUCGGUUUCCCGCAGUUGUGAAGGACAGCCUGAGAGACAAAUUUGCGAACAAGCAAAAGGCCUCUUGGCGGCGAAGAGCGGAUUGGCACAAGGGGCAGGAGACAGGGGCGGGGAGAACGGAGACAGGGAGGGAGAGGAGAGAGGGCGUAAAGGAGUGGAGACGGACGGAGAGACGAGAGGGGGAAUAGCCCAGAAAAACGAAGAAAAAGAGCGUGACACAGGAAUCCAAGGGCGAAGCGAAGGAGCGAAGGGAGAACGUGUGGAAGAAGAAGGGAAGCGUUCUGGAGGACAAAGCCUCGCGGAGAAGCAAGGUCCAAGAAGAACGACGCGUGAUUUAAACCUAAAAGACGAAAAAGGGUCUUCAAAAUCCUCUUCGAUGCCUGCUGGCCCUAGACAAAGAACAGAAGCAAGCUCCAGGUGGGCGACAGCUUCUUUUGGUCCCCCUCGUCUGAAAAAGGCGUCGUCUUUACCGGCCUUGCGCAAUACUGGAGACGAUAGGUUCCACCAAAGCAAAGAGGGUAGAGACGCUCAGAAGGCUGAAACACAUUUAAAGGAGAUACGGAACCUCGUCUCCGUGUUCUGCCGGCUGAUGUGCUCUGUCUCUGCCGGCGAAUAUCCUCAUAGUGCGUGGAGCAUCGGGAUGAAUGAACGGAGGGGUCGAGAAAGAGAGGAAAGAGACAGAACAGAAGAGAAGGGGCAAGAAGGGAAAGCUAUCAAAAAACGCGAGCAGGUCGGCUGCGCAGAAAUAGAGGACAACUCAUGGGUGAAAAUAGAGGCAGACGAGGGCGGAAGCGGGGUGCGUGACAAAGAGAGACAAGGAAAGCCUGAGAGAAAGAGGGAACCUGAACAGGACGAAGAAGGAACAGGAAAUGUCCAGGAAGACAAAGAGCGAACUUGGAGCAGCUUCCUUCGCUAUCGUCAGAAAGACGCCACGGCAUCAUGUUAUGAGGCGAGAGACAAAUUCAACGCCGGCGCUUUCAUAGAUGAAGGCAAAAAGUCAAUGUCACAGCACAGUCAGACAGCAGACGUGCGUCCUUCGUCCCGCAUCGGUUGGGGCCGUGAAGAAGAUGGCACGAAAAGAGAAAAAGACGAAGCAGAGAGAGACUCUCGGACAAUCUCUCGGGUCCAUCUACUACCUGAGCACGGAGCAUGCCCACACAGGGGCAUUCGAGAGAAGAAAAAUCAAGUCUAUGCCAAUCUAUAUCGUUUUCCCUCUUCUUCCUUCCCUUCUGCUCGUUCUUCAUGCCCCUCUGCCUCUCCCAUGUCGCUAUGGCCCUGUUCUUCUUCAUGUCUGUCAUCAUGGUCGUCCCCGCAGCCCACGUGUCAAUCACUGGCCGAACUCUGGAAGCUCCAGAAAGCGACUAUUCGAGUCCUCAGAAGCAGAACGUCUUCUCAAGAUGAGCGCGGCGCGAAACAUCUACGGUCACAUUCUAUCGAGGAAACGGAGCAGAAGGGGAGGAUAAACGUCAGAGAUUCGGACGAGGAAAAGGUCGGUGUGUCGCAUUCGGCCCCUUGGCAGAGUGAGAGAGACUUGGUCGGCUGUCUUAGAGGAGAACAGUCAAGGGAAACUCAAAGCGAUAUCUCAGGCUCUGCUCCCAAAGUGCUUCAGAGAGAGAAACGCCAGACAGAAAGAACGCGAGAUGUGGGAGGACCGGUGCUGGAACAAGCUGGACGAAGGGCCAGUCUUUGCCAGACGAGCAAACAUCGAAUUUUGUCGCCUCAAAACAGGGACGCGGUGUACCACUUUGGAAACAGAAACGCCAACUUGUCACCUCCCAAGCCAGAAAGUGUCUCUGGCCCCCACGCGGUAUGCAGUGUUUCUGAUUCUUCAAAGUUUGGGGGAGAAAUGAAGACAAAAACAACGACAGACCCGGAGGAGCGGCACUCUGUCUGCAUUGAUGAGUUUCCAUACCCUAGAUCUGAGUGCAAUAGCGCGACACGGUAUGUACAGGCAUUUCGUUCGUUCAGCACACGUCUAAAGAGAAACAAAUGUGCAUCUGUGGGGAGCACUAGAAACGGCGAGGAACCGGAAACAAGAGAGAGAAGGCAGCCGUGUUUAGCAGUUCUGAGGAGAAACGAGAAAGAGCGAGAGGAGGAAGAGACACAUAUGGAAGUGAGGAGGGGGAGUAGACAAAAGGGCAAUAAAUUCGAGGGAGCGAAGCGCAACGAACCUGGUGAAAAUGAACGAAGAAGCGUUUCUGAACUUUUGUGGGAAGAAGCACGGAAGAAGCAUCGACAGAGUCUCGCUCUCGCGAGAGACAGGGUCGCUCAGCAGCGCGCGGAAAACGCACGACGAAGAAAAGAAAUUGCGACAUUGCUGAAAGGUUCGGAACUGCGGGAGGAAGAAAGAAUAACAAAGGUGAAAGCGGCAUUUGGAGACGGAUUACGCGCGGCGACAUCUGCAAGCAUGGACGAAGAAAAGAAAACGGGGCAAAAGGGGACAGCAAAGGGAGACAGGGACCAUCACGAGACAACGAAACAGCUGCAGGCGACACAGAACCACAGAAGCAUGCUUGUAGCCAGAGAAAAGAAAAAACGAAACGAGAGUACGAAGGGGCCGACGCCAGCUCUGGUAGCGAUAGCUACGGUCGUGGAAGCAAUUCUAGUGAGUCUGAGGGGAGUGACAACAGCCACAAGAAGAGCAGAGAAGGUGACGAAGCAAUAG